CAGAACUCCUCCCAUGCGAUCACUCUUUACCUGCACGGCUUCGCAGAGCACCCACAACCCCGCAGACACCUUGCUUUGUCUCAGAGGUGUGCAGAGUCAAUCAAUAUUUCAAGGGAAGAAGACACUUUGAGCUUCAGAACCAACACACGAUGAGCAAGACACCGGUAGACGGAGACAGGCCCGAACCUGGGUCAGACCAAACUGUGGAACUGGAAGAUUUGGAUCCAGGGAACGACGAGCUGAGGAGUCCGAGGGGAUUGGAUUGGCUGCUCAUGAAAGACAAGCCGGUUGGAAGCCCUUCCCCCAUGGACACCACCGUGGUGGCCGUCACCAUAGGAGAGGAGUUCAGCGCGUUGGAACAUGCGUUCAGUGGAAAGUUUACCCGGAGUAAGGUGUUUGAGGCUGCUUCCAGAGGAGACCCUGGCCCCCUAAGGGGCCUGCAGGAUUUCCUGCAGCUCCACCAUCUGAAGCUCACCAGCCCAGAGUACAUAGAUGAAGGCAAUGGUAAAACAGCCCUUCUGAAAGCCCUUCUAAACCUGAACGACGGAAAAAACGACACCAUUCAAGUCCUGCUCGACACAUCUGAGAAAAGUGGAGACCUGAAAGAAUUUGUCAACGCGGCUUACAACGAUGAGCACUUCAAAGGCCAGACGGCCCUGCAUGUGGCCAUCGAGCGGCGGAGCUUCGAUCAGGUGAAGCUCCUGGUGGAGAAAGGAGCAGAUGUGCAGGCCAAAGCAAAUGGAGCCUUCUUCCAGCUCAAUUCAAAACGGGGCUUUUAUUUUGGUGAGCUCCCCCUCUCAUUGGCAGCCUGCACCAACCAAUUAGAGGUGGUCUCCUUCCUCAUGGAGAACCAGUACAGGUGUGCUGACAGCCGGGACCACGACUCCCUGGGCAACACAGUGCUUCACGCCCUGGUGGUCAUCGCCGACAACACCGUAGAAAACACAGAGUUCAUCGUGCGGAUGUACGACGAGGUGCUCAUCCGGGACACCAGGCUGGCCCUGAAAGGAGAAGUCUCCCUGGAGGCAAUCGAGAACAAACAUGGCCUGACACCGCUGAAGCUGGCCGCCAAGCUGGGGAAGAUAGGGCUGUUCAGGUAUUUGGUGCAGCGGGAGUUCACAGACGAAGGGACCAAGGGGCUGUCCCGGAAGUUCACUGAUUGGAUCUACGGGCCCAUCCACUCCUCGCUGUACGACAUGACCUCCAUCGACACCAGCGAGGAGAACUCAGUCCUGGAGAUCAUUGUCUUUGGGAAUGCCAUCCAGAACCGUCAGGAGAUGCUGCAGGUGGAGCCUCUACACAGCCUGCUGGAGGAGAAGUGGGAAAGGUUCGCCCAAAAGUUCUUCCUGGUCAACUUCCUGGUAUAUCUGGUGUACCUGGGUGUCUUCACCACUGUCGCCUUCUACAGGAAGGAAGGGCAGCCUCCGUUCCCCGUGGAGAACACCCCUCUGGACUGGUUUCGCUGUAUCGGGGAGCUGGUCAGUGUGCUGGGGGCAGUCUACUUCUUCAUCAAAGCGAUAGUUGAUUUCAAGAGGAAACCACCACGCAUCAAAUCCAUGUACAUCGAUGGAUUCAAUGAAAUAUCCUUCUUCCUGCAGGCCUCACUUCUCCUAGUGUGCACCGUCUUGUAUGCGUUCGGGUGGAGGGCGUAUGUGGGCCCCUUGGUACUGUCUCUGGCCCUGGCCUGGAUCAACCUCCUCUACUUCACUCGGGGCUCCAAGCGCAUGGGCAUGUACAACGUCAUGAUACAACGGAUCAUAUUAAGCGAUAUCAUUUGCUUUCUAUUUGUCUAUGUGGUCUUUCUCUUUGGAUUUUCUGCCGCGGUGGUGGCCCUCAUAGAGGAGAACCCCCCCGGUCACGAGCAGAGCCGUUCCCGGGCGUUCGUGUGCCGGAAACCGACGUACAACAACAUCCGCUUCACGGCACUGGAGCUGUUCAAGUUCACCAUCGGCAUGGGAGACCUGGAGUUCACGGACAACGUGCAGUACAUCGAGGUGUUCUACAUCCUGCUCAUCAGCUACAUCGUGCUCACCUACAUCCUGCUGCUCAACAUGCUCAUCGCCCUGAUGAGUGACACCGUGGAGAGGGUGUCCCGGGAGAGCGAGAGCAUCUGGAGACUGCAGAGGUCUCUGACCAUCCUGGACCUGGAGAGAGCACUGCCCCGUUGCCUGAGGGACAGGCUGCAAUCCGGCAUGAUGAAGACCCUGUGUUUGCCCACCGGAAAUCGGACAUGCUUCAGGGUGGAGGAGGUAAACUGGAAAAAAUGGCGGUCGAAUCUGGGCAUCUUGAAGGAGGAAGAGCCAGAGCUGGAGAUGGAACCAGAUAUCUUGAUGAUCAGCCCCCGACAAAAACGGCGUAUAUGGAACAUGGGUCCACUCUUCUCCAUGGCUCGUGGCAGAAGAUCUGGAAGAUCUGAUCCCCAACACACCGUCAUCUGACCUCCUCUACCGUCAACUGUGCAGAAGCUCCUAGAUUUUCAGCACAGUUUCUCUCAAAACUGGAUCCUGACAGUGAACCUGAGUAAAACCAAAACAAGGAUACUUGACAAAAGACCCAGCCUCCAAAUAGACAUGCCACGGGACACUGUUACUCUGAGGCAAACAAAAAACUAUACCUACCUCGGCUCGGCAUCAACAUGAACACCACAGGAUAUUGCAAUAAAGCUGUGAAUGACCUGAAAGACAAGGCAAGGAGGGCCUUUUAUGCCAUAAAAAGAAACAUCAAACUAGUCACCCCAAUUAGGAUCUGGCUCAAAAUAUUUGAUGCAGUUAUAGCGCCCAAUGCAUUCUAUGGCUGAACCCUCUAUGCAGAAUUCUGCAAGUCUAUCCUAAAGAGUCCAAAGAGGAGGUGAACUGGGAAAAAUGGUCAACGAAUUUCGGCAUCUUGAAGGAGGAAGAGCCAGAGCUGGAGGGGGAACUGGAUCCCUUGUUGAUCACUGCCCAACUAAAACUUAUGAAUUCACUAACACAUCUGUGCUUUGAGCAAUUGACACAAGAAAUAACUUGUUGGCCGUGUUCUUCUUCCAGGACUUUUUUGGAAUAUAAGCCCAUUUUUCGACAAGGUUACUUCCAGAAAAUAUGGAAGAUCUGAGGCCCAAUAUACCGUCAUUUGACCUCCUCAACCACCUACUGUCUGCUCCUGAAACACCUCAAAGGCUGUUCUUUAACUUACUCAUCAUCCUUAACUUAACACCUGCCCUUAGCUUAGCUCAUUACCUUUUACCUAACAUCUUACCGUCUCGCCCUGAACUUAACUCUCCAUUUCCUUAACUAAACAUCUCGCAGCCUGUCCCUUUCACUCUGGGACUGGGAGGUGGGACAAUUAGGUCCUUUUGGAAACCUUUCGGAACCUAGGUUGUUAGAAAUAGUUAGAAAUAGUUAGAAAAUAAAUAAAACCAUGGUCUGAAUGGAGGACAUUAUAAGGAAAUGGAAGGUUAUAUAGGUUUUGAUUGGAGAAAAUAUAAAAUCCUACCUUUCCAAGUAGUAGCACACGUUUUUGCAAACAUGUGUAAACUUAAAUGAAAACAAUGAGCAAGACUCUCUUUUAAAGCAUUUUGAUCGUGAUUUAUCAAAUGAUUGUGAUUUCUUCCUGAUUCAAUAUUGAUUUGAAAUGCAUAGGUUGUCUCCUCUUUUUUUUAUUUGAAAACUGCAUUACUUUCUAUAACUCAAUGCCGACAAAAAAAGCAUUAAUUUUAUGAGACUGUUCUUUUUAGCUUGUUUUUAAGAUGUCACCUAUUUGUAUCUCAAUUUAUGUCAAUCAAUUUAUGCUGGUUGUGUUCACUUUUUGCCUAAAGUGAAUGAAUAUUGUUGAAAUCA